AAGAUUUCUGGUUAGAAUUAAAAUUUUGGUGUGAUUUUAUUAAAAUCAACUUUUUUGAAAUGCCAAUAUUAAAUUAUCAAAAUAAAUUAAUUUUAGCACCUAUGGUACGCGUUGGCUCAUUACCCAUGCGUUUAUUAGCCUUACAUUAUGGUGCUGAAAUAGUUUAUUCGGAAGAAAUAAUCGACUGGAAACUCUUAAAUUCAGUUAGGCAAGUAAACGAUGUAUUAGGCACAAUUGAUUUUUUGGAUAAAACAGAUGGAACGGUUAUCUUUAGAACCUCAAAAGAAGAACAUGAUUGUGUUGUCCUUCAAUUAGGAACUUGCGACCCAAAUAGGGCUUUAAAGGUUGCUAAAAUGGUUGAGGAAGAUGUAGCAGGGAUUGACAUUAAUAUGGGUUGUCCCAAGGAGUUUUCUAUUAAAGGUGGAAUGGGGGCAGCUUUAUUAACAAACCUUCCUAAAGCUAAAGAAAUUUUAAAAACACUCGUGGAAAGUGUAAAAAUUCCAAUAACAUGUAAAAUAAGAGUUUUUGAAAAUGAAAAUGAUACUUUAAACUUGGUGAAAGAAUUGGUUUCAACAGGAAUUGCAGCAAUUGGGAUUCAUGGUAGAACUAGGGCUGAAAGACCUCAACAUCCUAAUAGAAAUGGUUUAAUUAAGUUUAUUGCUGAAAAUAUUAAUAUUCCGGUUAUUGCAAAUGGGGGUUCUAGAGAAAUAGAAAAAUAUUCUGACAUAGAAAAAUUUAAAAAGGAAUGUGGAGUUUCUUCUGUGAUGUUAGCAAGAGCUGCUCAAGGAAAUUGUUCAAUUUUUAGGAAACAAGGAAUGUUGGAUCUUGAUACUGUUAUAUGUAAAUAUCUUGAAUAUGCUGUUAAUUUUGAUAAUAGCCCUAACACUACCAAAUAUGUCAUACAGAAUAUACUUAAGGAAUUGCAAGAAACUCCAAGGGGAAAAAAAUUUUUAGAAUGUCAAACUUUACAACAAAUUUGUGAAAUAUGGGAUUUAGGCGAUUAUUGUCGAAAAAAAGAAUUAGAAUUUUUCGAACGUGGCAUGACUUGUAGAAGAAUGAUCACCCCCGAUAUGUUUGAGCCAGCUAAAAAAAGGACGAAAUUCGAACAAUUCGACGAUUGCAAAGAAUUAAGAUGUGCAUUUAUCAGAGUUAAUUAUGUUAAAGAUACCGAAUUACCCAAAAGUAUUUUACUUGCUUGGUGCUUAAAGAAUAAAAUUGAUGACAAACCUAAAUAUGAAAUUAUUCACCAAGGAAAACUAUUUAGAGCCAUUUUAUCAUUAAAUGGGGAGAAAUAUACUUCAUCUUAUUGGGAAAAGAAUAAAAAAUAUGCCGAGCAAGGAGCCGCUCUUUCAUGUAUUUAUCAUUUAGGAUUAAUUAGUAAAGAAAAACUUAUUGAAAGUGGAAGUGUUAUUAAAUAAGAUAUAAGUUUAUUAUUUUUUUAAUUUAUAUGAUGUAUGCAACCCAAAUGACAAAACAACUUUAUUACUAAAUCAAAUUUAAAUUUAAUUUCUAAUAUUAAUUAUUUCCAUAAUACAACUAAUUCCGAUAAGUGAUUAAUAAUAAAAAUAACUUUAAUUCAUUUAAAAA